CAUUGGUCCUUUUGCCUCCCAUCUUCUCUGUAUGCACUGCUGCUGGGCUGUGGAUAGUGUACUUUGUAGCGCUCUACAAUAAGAAAGUGUUACCUCUGAGCGACACGUACAGGCACAGAAAUGGAUCCGCAUAUUCUCCGUACAUAAGGUACACGCUGCACUCAUCCUACAUCAUCCUUUUACCUGUAAAACCAGAGCUGUUUCAUGUUAUUUAUUGGCUUUGCUAGCAUCACAGGCAAUUUUCCACCAGCCAGCUGCAUCUUCAGUCAGGUCAUGAACCUGGCAGCGUUUGCAGGUAAAGGAAGCGAUGAUGUACUUUUUAUACAAAGUCCAGACUGAUGUAAGAAUAGAUAGAGUGAGUGCCUGACAAAAGUAAUCUUUAACUUUUUCACAAUACUGUUUUUGGUGGGUUUUAUGUGGUAGGCCCACACAAGUAGUGCAUAAUACUGAAGUACAAGGAAAAUUGUGUUUUUUAAAUUUUUCUUAAAUCUGAACUUUGUUGGAGACCAAAUGGUAGCCAAGAGUCCUGUAGUAACUCUGGGGGAGCUGCAGAAUUUAUCAGCUCAGGUGGAAUUAUCUGGAAAGAUCACAAAUGGCAAAAGAUUUGGACACAGCUAUGCUAGAGGUUUUUUCUGUUAUUUAGCCAAAGUGACAAAGAGGUCUUCUAAUAAGUGUAGACAGCAGACAGCCAGAUGGUGUUUUACUGAAUAUCACAAUGUGAUUAUAGAACAUACUCUACUUCAGAUGAAUUUUCAAAUCAUGCUUAAAUCACCGACUGGUGUGGCCUUCCUGGUUUUACUGGCACUCUUCUGUUUUUCAGGGUUUGUCAUGGGCAUCCUCCGAUACAUUCAGCUGAAGAACAGACUAGACAAACCCUGGCUGAACAUUGUUAGUGUGGCGUCUUUCUCAAUUGCCUGUUUUGGAAUGACAAUUGUGGGAAAUUUCCAGCUAUUUGAGUUGGGGCUGAUUCACGACGUGGGCACGUUAAUGACGUUUGGACUGGGUACCUUGUACUGCUGGAUGCAGUCUUACAUCACGCUGAGAGUCAACCUGAAGAACGAAGGGAGGGCUGUUGCUAUCAGCCGUUUUCUGCUGUCUGCAGCCAUCACUCUCUGCAUUAUACUAAAGCAGGCCCUGGUUGUGAUCCCUCACAUGCACAGUGUUCGGUGCCAGUGGGCCCUGGUCAUGUUCUUCCUCAUCUUCAUGGGCACUUUUGCCAUCGAGUUUCGCCACUGCCGCUUCGAUGUGGUGUGCCGAGACGCUGUGGAGCAUCAGAGUUGGCCAGAAGCUUCUGGCCAACGCCAAGAGCUACAGGAGUCCCACACGGUCUUGUAUUUGAACACCUUGAGUUCAGACUUACACAGAACUUCAUGAUUCAUCAGGGCAUUUAUUCCAUUAUUCAAGGAAGUAAAUGUGUCUUGCUUCAGCCAGUUAUACCGGGGGAAAGCAACAUUAUGUUUUGUUUCAAUGUUUACAUAGUUUUUAAGCAUCAGUACUUUAAAAAAAAUUAUCUUAUUGAAACAUACACACAAGUAUUGGGUCACACCACCCAAUCGAUAAACUCUGGUGUUGCAGUCACUUCCAUGGCUGCAGGUGUAUAAAGUUUGGUGUGGAGAAACUUGACUGGCCUGCACAGAGUCCUGACCUCAACCUUCUUGAACACCUUUGAGAUGAAUGAGUGCAGAGGCUGCAAUUCUGGUUUUCUCAUCUAAACUAUGAACACACUCCUAAACCUCGAGGAAGAUGUUUACAGAGUAGUUAAAGGUGCUAUUGCUGGCAGCAAUGGGUCCAUCAACAAGUUGGACCUCAUAGAUUAAGAAUAGGAUGUUAUCAAGGUUCAUGUACAUAUUAAAUUAGACAAAUAAUUUUGUAAUAUAGUGUAUCAUGCUACUUGAUACAGUUUCACAUCCACAUCUAAGAAAGACAGGAGAUUUUUUUCAGGUGGUGCAAAUUACUGCCAAGCUGGAUGUGUCACCAUGACCCUGCACUGAUGGAAGGUAGACGAACAGGUUUAUACGAAACAGAUUAAAUCAGUGCAUCAGAUGCAUCACUGUGUCAAAGAUAUAACAGAUUUUAUGAGAUUUAUCACUCUGUUUUUGAACAGAACAGUGGAUUUGAGAUGGGACUUGAUGUCUGAAGCCACUGAAUAUGAUUGGGCAGUGCAACAGACUUUCAUCUCAAUAAUGUGGCAAUAAUAAACUGGCCAAAAUACAUCCAAAGGGCAGUACCACAGGCUUUGCAUGGAUUUCUGAGCUGCAACCCUCAAAGUUAUGGGGAAAGUAUUCUUUGUGGGUUAUAUGUAUGUAUGCCAACCUGUAAAAUACUACCUAAGAUCAAAGGUCAGGAUAAAUAACAAGAUCACAUUAAACUAUGAUAAACUGCGGAGAUUAAAAUGUUUCCUGGCCUGAGUGCACACCCUGAGGGAGUGGUGGAUCUCUAGAAUGACACCAGGAGGACUAGAACCCAGUGAUGAGGUUCUGGACUGAAUCCUUUGAAUAUGUUGUCCUUCUGUAUGGGCAGAAGCCUGUGCCGUCAGAAACCGAAUUUGAUUUGCUCAGACUAAAUCUAUAUUCCAGGGUGAAAUGUUGGCAAGAAUCUCACCCAAUGUUUACAGUUCAAUGUGCUAUGAUGUACUACAGUAUAGUAAACAUUGAGAUAUGCAGUUGAAUCAAAUCUAGAGGGAACUGUAAUAUAGAAUACAACACCAUGCAUAUGUGUAUUAAAUAUAUCGGUACCACUUUACGCUAAGGCUCCCCUUAUAGAUCACUAAUAAAUAGUUCACAGAUAUGUUAUUAAUUCAUCUGUAAACACUUUACCAAUCAUUAAUAAGUGUUUAUUAUGCAUUAAUUAGUGGGGGACAAAGAGACAAAACUGACCGGUUUCUUGCCAAAUAGUGAGUCAAAUCUGUUCACCUGUAUAUUUAAUGUAAAGUUCCUAUUUUAAACAUUUGAGACUAAGUUAUCACCUUAUAAACACAAUUUGUAAACAUAUUUUCUAGCAUAAUAUAUUCUACUUAAUCACUGCAUUAUAAAUAUUUAUUAAUGAUUUGUAAUAUGUUUACAGAUGAAUUAAUGACAUAUCUGUAAACUAUUUAUUAGCGAUCUAUGAGGGGAGCCUUAUUGUAAAGUGGUACCAACAUUUUAUUGUGAUCAGAAUUUCACUCAGCAGGACUCCUUUCAUUAAAAGGAGGUAUUCAGAUAUUCAAACCAGCAUGUGAGCAAAGUCAUGUAAAUUAGAGAGCUAGACCACCAAACGUGUUUGGUUUUUACACAAUUGCACUGAAAAUAUAAACAGAGGGGCACAAUACAAGCUUUCAAUGUACUGUAACAAAGACCCUAAUAAUAAGUAAAGCAGCCUGGAUGUUCUGUGCUUACAGUGGAGGUGAAGAUAGUCCAUCAGAACAGCACAGUAGCAUCAAACUGCAGACAAUCAAAUGAAAAUGAGUUGAUAACUGACCACCAAACGUUAGGUUAAUCCUCUGUAAUUACUUAUUUACAUUUACUUCUUUCCCUCCUUUUUUCCUUUCAGUCCAUUGCCUCUUUGUCCUCGUUGUCUCAGGCAGGAAAUUAGCUAUCAAUUAGUGUGCAUUUAACUACAGUACAUCUUAACAUCAUUAAUAACUCUCGAACUGGUUGCUUCAUGUUCACCAUAAGCUUAUUACCAAACAGCUUUAUGUUGACUAUAAAAACAUAGUAUUUCUGUUCUUGUACUCUUUCAAACCUAGUUGGUAAUCAAUCCACUGGCUGCUUUAAGCAUUUCCUUCCUUAAACUGGCUCCCUGGAUCUGGAGAAUAGACUUGAAAAUACUUCUGUUAGUUUAUAAAUCACUGAAUGGCUUAGCACUGAUAUACAUUAAAGAUCUGUUGUCGUAUCAACCUUCCAGACCAAUCCGGUCCUCAGGUUCCAGUCUACUCUGCGUCUCCGCUACCAGAACCAAACAUAGAGAAGCAGCAUUCAGUUCUUAUGCUCCACUAAUCUGGAUCAAAUUUCCAGAAAACUGCAAAAGCUAUCAAAAACCCUGAGGUAUUUGAAAUCAAGGUAAAACAUAUUUAGAGUUGUUUUUGAUUGUUCUCUUGCAACUAUUAACUGAAACAUCAUUCAUUUUAGUCUGUAGUCCAACUUUUCUUUAUUUUUCUUUACCAUUACAACAAUGUACUUUUUCCAUCUUGUUGCUGAAUUGUGCUAAACAAAUAAACUUCUUUCUUUUUUACGAGGCAUCUUUGAACUAAAAAAACAUGAUGAAUAAUAAUAAUAAAAACAAUAUUUUAAAAAUGAA